AUGGCCUCCGCGCCGAACGGCGGGACCGGCGGAGGCGUAGAGGCGGUCCAGUACGACGCGGGCACGGGCAUUUACACCGUUAAGAACAAGCCGUGGCCAGUGGGAACUCGCUACACGGUGCACUGUCUGAUUGGCUCUGGCUCAUACGGAGAUGUUUGCAAGGCCACUGACAAUGAGACGGGCGAAACCGUUGCGCUCAAGCGCAUUGCGGAUGUGCUGUGCUGCCCCAUGCUGGCCAAGAGAGUGCUUCGAGAGGUCUGCAUCAUGCGGCGACUCUCGCAUCCAUACGUCAUCCGAUUGGCGGACGUGUUUACUCGCAAGUCCACCGAGGUGCCGGGCGGAUUCGACCUUUACAUCGCCACUGAGUAUGCAUCAGGUGGCGACCUGUAUCGGUUCAAGCAGCCGCUAACCCCAGAGGACGUGAGGCGACUGAUAUGGCAGCUGCUGGUGGCAACUCGCUACCUGCACUCCUGCCACGUCUGGCACAGAGAUAUCAAGUCCGAGAACACUCUGCUCCACGCCAACACCACACUCAAGCUCUGCGACUUUGGCCUCUCUAGAUCCGCCUUAGGGUCAGGGCAGCCAAUGCAGCCGCGGAGUGCACCGGACAAGAAGGGGGCAGCGGCGGGGCGGAAGCAGCACGUGCUGCAGAGGCAGUUCACCAAAAUGGUCGUCACCCCGAGCUACCGCGCCCCUGAGGUGGUCAUGUCCCGGGGCCAAUACACAUCAGCCAUUGACAUCUGGUCACUCGGCUGCAUUUUCUGGGAGCUCCUAAUGCGAGCCAUGCGGCCCCAUCGACCCGGGCCUCCAUCUAGGCCACUCUUCGGCAUCAGGGGCGAGCCAGUCACGCCAGAGACAGGGGAGAAGUAUGUAGACGACAAUGAAUCUCCCUUAUCGGACCAACUGGACGUGAUAUUCGAUGUCAUCGGCACGCCCUGCUGGAAGGACAUUGAGACCGUCCCCAGCGAUGCCUGGCGGGCGUUCCUCAAGAGGCUGCCCGGGCGGGCGGGAAAUCUGGCCAAUCAGAUGGCGCCAUGUGGCGAUCCCGAGGCCGCGGACCUGCUCCAUCGCAUGCUGGCGUUUGAUCCCUCCCGGCGGUGCACUGCUGAAGAAGCUCUCGCUCACACUUACUUCCGCAGUCUUGAGAAGCCGAUGGAGCUGCCACCAAUGGAGGCAGAGGAAACGCCCGUGUCUCUGCCUCAGGACCACCACUUCUGGCAAAUCACCGACCCUGCCAUUGCGCUGGGACUGCUGGAGGACCACCACUUCUGUCAAAUCACCGACCCUGCUAUUGCUCUCGGGCUGCUGGAGAACCACGACUUCUGGCAGAUCACUGACCCUGUACAAGGGCUGGUGGAGGUAUGUGUGAGUGGGGGUGGGUGGGUGACAGUGGAAGGACGAUACUCGAAUGCCAUUCACAUCACGCGUUUGCGAUUCGCCUUUCACCCCUCUUUUGAGGCACCUCACUCUCCCUCCUUCAUCACCCCCUCCUCAUGUUGGCCGAGACCUUUUCGUGCCUGUCUGGCGCUAUGCGGUUACCAGAGGGAGCUGGAGCAGGCAGCUCAUGAGUCUGAUGGGGGGAACAGGAAGCUUGAAUGGCGAAACACCUUCCCCAUGUUGCCCCUUCAUCGUCCACUCUCCGGCCUUCUUUCCCCUUGGGAGCUGGAGCAAGCAGCAUACGAGCCUGAUGGGGGCAAGAGGAAGCUGGAAUGGCUGCUCGAGAGAGAAGCAGAGGGGCAGCAGGUAAGGGGGGCAGCAGGUAAGGGGGGCAGCAGGUUCAGAACAUCACUCGCAACUCCAUGCUUCGCACACUCCUCCCUCUGCUCACUCCCUCCCACUCCUCCCUUGCCUCGCUCUCCUCACCCCCUUCACCCACUCCCCCCUCACCAGGUGCAGAACUUUAUCCGCAACUCGAUGCUUCGCACGCUCCUCGGCCCUAAUGCAUUGGCCAAUCGCCUCGCAACAUCUGUCGGUGCACGAGUGGGGCGUGGCCAGCAGCAGCAGCAGCAGCCGCAGCAGCAGCAGCAGCAGCAGCAGCAGCAGCAGCAGCAGCAGCAGCAGCAGCAGCAGCAGCAGCCGCAGCAGCAACCGCUACAGCCGGUACAGCCGGUGCAGCUGCUACAACCAUCCCUGCAGCAGCCAACUCCGUUGACCUAA